GAUCAGUUGUGGGUCUGAGUGCAGCAGGGCUGGAUGUGACCAUGGGGCUCUCUUUGCUCUGCAUGAUGGGGUUUUUCUUCAUCUAUGGAAAUGCUGAAGCUCGUCUUAAGCCCACUGUGACCCUGCAUCCAUCCUGGACUCAGAUAUUCAGCGGUGAGACAGUCACUGUCAGAUGUGAGAUUCAGGGAGGAGGAGGAACUCAGUGGACGUAUGUAUGGAGUCCAGACAAGUUAAACACACCUCCAACAUCCAAUGAAUACACAAUCAGUAGUGUUACUGAGUCUGACAGUGGAGGAUACAACUGCAGGGGCAGAAGAGGUGAUUCCUGGACAGAGUGGAGUGAUACCAUCACACUGAGAGUUUUGCCUAAACCAAAGGCUGAACUGAGAGCUGAUAACACAGCUGUUCCAGUAGGGGGCAGUGUGACCCUGACCUGCUCUGUGAGCCCAUCAUCAUCAUCAUCAUCAUCAUCAUCAUCAUCAUCAUCAUCAUCAUCAUCAUCAUCCUCUGGAUGGAAAUACUACUGGUACAGAGAUGAUAAAUCUUAUGAACUUGUGACCCCAAUGGAUGCAGGUUUAAGAUCAAACAGACAAAUCAGAGUCUCACAGGAAGGACUCUACAGGUGCAGAGGAGGAAAAGGAGACCCAGUUUACUACACAGAGUACAGUCAGUCAGUUUGGAUUGCCCCAAAGCCUGUUGUGACUCUGCAUCCAAACUGGACUCAGAUAUUCAGCGGUGAGACAGUCACUGUCAGAUGUGAGAUUCAGGGAGGUGGAGGAACUCAGUGGACGUAUGAAUGGAGUCGAUCCAAGUUAAACACACCUCCAACAUCCAAUGAAAACAGAACCAUCAAAGUUACUGAGUCUGACAGUGGAGAAUACAGCUGCCUGGGUGGAAGAGGCAGUUCCUGGACAGAGUGGAGUGAUGACGUCACACUGAGAGUUUUGUCUCCUCCUAAGCCCACUGUGACCCUACAACCACCCAGGACUCAGAUAUUCAGCGGCGAGACAGUCACUGUCAGAUGUGAGAUUCAGAAAGGUGAAGGAGGUCAGUGGAUGUGUGAAUGGAGACCAGCCAAGUUAAACACACCUCCAACAUCCAAUGAAUACACGAUCAGCAGAGCUACUGAGUCUGACAGUGGAGGAUACAGCUGCCAGUGCAGAAUUCGCCUUUUCUGGACAGACUGGAGUGAAACCAUCACACUGAGAGUAUUACAUGAACCCCUUCCUGUCCUCACUGUGUCUCCAUCAUGGCUGAGUCCUGGAGCCUCAGUAACUCUGAACUGUGAGGUUGAACAUCCGUCUGCAGGAUGGAGCUUCAACUGGUAUAAAGUUGUUCCUGGUCAAUCCUACAGUUAUGAGCUGCUACCUGAUGGCAGUGGGACUGCACAGGACUCCUACAUCAUUGAUGGACAGACACACACAGCAGGAUAUGCGUGUGAUGCUCAAAGAGACCCGGACAAUUACACUGAUUACAGUGAACCAAAGUUUGUCUGGUCUGCAGAUGUUCAUUCAGCAGCGUCUCUCACAGUGAGUCCUGACAGAGUGCAACACUUCACCUCUGACUCUGUCUCACUGACCUGUGAGGGAAACUCUGCUGAGUGGAGAGUGAAGAAGUUCACUGAGGACGGCCGACUGAACUCUGACUGUAGGACAAAGACUGGAUCCACAUGUAAAAUCAACACAUCACAGUCAGAUACUGCAGUGUACUGGUGUGAGUCUGGAUCAGGAGAGUUCAGCAGUGCAGUCAACAUCACUGUACAGAAUGAUCCUGAUGGUCCUAUCCUGGUGAGUCCUGUUCAUCCUGUGACUGAAGGAGCUUCUGUGAGUCUGAGCUGCAGUUUGAGGACACAAAAAAUACUUUCCAAUGUGUUUUUCUACCACAAUGACAAACUUAUUCAAAAUGAUACCAAAGAGGAGCUGAAGAUCUCUGCAGUGUCAAAGUCUGAUGAAGGUUUCUACAAGUGUGAAUACUCAGGAAGAGAGUCACCACAGAGCUGGAUGUUAGUUAAAGGAGCUGGAAGCGCUUCAUCUUCUUCUGUGUGGCUGAUUGUUGGACUGGUUUGUGGAGUCUCUCUCCUCAUUAUUCUCCUGCUCUUGUUGUUUAUCUGCAGACAGUCCAAGUAUUCAUGCUUCACCAGGUCGAUCCAGUCUGAGAGUCACAGUUUGGGCUCCUCCACAAAUCAUGAAGUCAACCAGAGUGAAACUCAUGAAUACGGCUCUCUACAACAUGGUACUGCUGACCUCUAUGAGUCAAUCACACAAGUGAAAAACAAUAGAAAUGGAGCCGAUGAACUCCAAGAUGCCACAUACUCUCUUAUUGAGCUUAAAGAUCUUAGAACAGAGGAGGAGCAUCUUAAACCAGAGGAGAUUCCUGUUUACUCUGAGGUGGGAGCUGCAGCUACCGAGGUCUGUCUGAGGGCUGCACCUCCUGAGCAAGGCCUGUAAGGAAGCCACAGCUGGGACAGGCAUGAAUGGAGGGCAGCCAGUGACCACCACCCCCCACCACAUCCUUAAAGGUGAUAUCCAGGCAGCUUCUCCAUCCAUUCUUCCAUCCCCUCAAACACUGCAGCAGGAUAUAAAGAGCCUUCUUUUCUCGCUCACCACAGAAGAUGAAAACAUUCAUGUCGCCGUUGUUGCACAACAGAUUUUGACAUAAAGCAAAUCAGUGAAACUGGAAGACAGAGGACACAAACAUGCAAAAAUACAUUAUUGAGCAGAAUUGUUUGUGUGAAAAUGUCACAUCAGCUGUUCAGAAUUAAGCCACAACUAUAACUGCAUACAUUUGGCACUUGAACCUGCCGUAUAUACAAGAACAUGUGGAUU